AUUUACGAAUUUACUGUAAUAUACUAUUUGCGUCCGCCCCAUUGUAUAUGAACUCGACCGCCGCCCUAUCACCGAUCAGUGUGAUCAGCGACCACCUAAUAAUAAUUAUUAUUAUCACUUUGCGACGCAAAGUUUGCGUUGACCUUGGCAGUUGGCAGUUAGCAGUGGCAGUAGUGACUAGUGGAACUUUACAAUCUUUACAUUCGUUGUUCACCGUUCGUCACCUAUUCAUCGUUUGUGCUCAUCUGCCAUCCGUACCGGUCACCAGUCAAUCACUUACAUUUUAAUAAUAUUAACCAUUUUCGUAAAACGAAGACAGUGAGUGCAGUCCCGUCCACAGUACUCAGUACAAUAACCAAACGUCUAUUAAGCAUUAGCCUGAAUUCCAAGAUGCCGGUUAAAGUUGGAGAUACAGUGCCAAGCGUAGACUUGUUCGAAAAUACACCCGCCAACAAAGUUAACAUAUCAGAACUGUGCAAUGGAAAAACUGUUAUACUUUUUGCAGUUCCCGGAGCAUUCACUCCAGGCUGCUCGAAGACACAUUUGCCUGGUUAUGUUAACACUGCUGCAGAUCUGAAAAGUAAAGGUGUAGAUGAAAUUGUUUGCAUUUCUGUGAAUGAUGCCUUUGUCAUGGCAGCUUGGGCUCAAGAUCAAAAAGCUGAAGGAAAAGUACGAUUAUUAGCUGAUCCUAAUGCAGAACUCACAAAGGCCUUUGAUUUGGCCAUUGACUUGCCACCAUUGGGUGGUACCCGUUCCAAGAGAUACUCAAUGUUAAUCAAAAAUGGUAAAGUGGAACAAUUAAAUGUUGAGCCAGAUAACACUGGAUUGUCUUGUUCAUUAGCUAACAAAAUUGUUUUGUAAUGUAAUGUUAAUUUUAUUUUAUACUUUUUUCAAAUUUAUUUAUAUGAAUCAUUUACAAAAAAUAGUGCUUUAACAAGAUACCUAUAUACUAAUUUUUUUUCAGUGCAAAAAUUAAAGAUACAUAUUAUACUAUUUAAA